AUGGCUCCCAACGUCCUCGUCGUUCUUACCUCCCACGACCAGAUCCCUGGCGUCGGUCCUACGGGUUGGUAUUUGCCUGAGUUCGCUCACCCCUGGGAAGUCCUGCACAAGAAGACUUCUUUGACUAUCGCCUCCCCUAAGGGUGGAAAGGCCCCACUUGACCAGGGCUCCGUGAAGAUGUUCGAGUCGGACCCUGUUUCUAAGUCUUUCCUUGAUAACCAGGAGGCGCUCUGGACCAACACCGAGAAGCUGGCUGAUAUGGUUCCUCGCGCUGGCGAGUUUGAUGCUAUUUUCUAUGUUGGUGGACAUGGCCCCAUGUUCGACCUCACAACCGACCCCACCUCCAUCAAGCUCAUCGAGACUUUCGCCGCGGCCAAGAAGCCCGUUGCUGCUGUCUGCCACGGACCCUGCGUCUUCCUCAACACUAAGAAUUCCUCCGGCGAGCCUCUUAUUAAAGGUGCCGAGGUGACUGGAUUCUCCAACUUGGAGGAGGACCAGGUGCAGCUUUCUUCUGCCAUGCCUUUCAUGCUCGAGACUGAGUUGCAGGCUAAGGGUGGUAAGUAUGUUAAGGCUGAUGAGCCUUGGGGAGUUAAGGUUGUCACUGAUAAGACCAAUGGAAUUGGUGGUGUUUUGAUUACUGGUCAGAACCCUGCUUCUGCUACUGGGGUUGGUGAGGCUAUUCUCAAGGCUUUGGGAGUUUAA